AUGCUAGUUCCUGCGGUGGCUCAGCCAAUUCCCACGCAGGAAGUAGCCGUACCGGGGCAAUCCGAAGAGGACUUUGAUUUGACGAAUAUUGUUAAUCUUCUUGGUCCGUUUAGUGGGAUUCGGAAUUUGGAUUUGGAUGGGGAUGUGGCGAGAUGUGAGUUCCAGGGGGGUGGGUUUGCGUUGGGGGUGUGGUUGCGGGCGUAUGGGUCUGAUGAGGAUAUAUUCAAUGCCUACUAUAUACAUAUCCAUCCGUUUUUAUCGAUCCUUCAGCCUCCGCUGUCCGAUCAGAUCAGCGAUCGACCGGUACCGGUUAAAUUGCCGCAUACCAAUCUUGACAAUAUCGAAAGAUCCUUCCUGCCGCACUGGCCGACCUCUGCACUCACACUGACACUGUCUGCGAUCCUGGCAUUAAUACCGCUUCCGCAGGACCCAGAUCCGUUCAGCGACGCCCGCGUUCGGUCUAGACGCUCGUGCGCACAGCUCUUUGCAGAAGCGGCAUUCAGUGAAGUGGAUAAGGAGGUUGAUCGCAUCUGUCAAGAACUGUCGCAUGCCACUGUCCCUAUGCGACAGGGUAUCGAUGCUAGCCUUUCGGUCUUAUCUCCCGUCCUGGCUCUGGUCAUGCUCAGUCUGUACGAGUACUGCCAGAGAGGGAAUAUGUCUCGUAUGCGGAGUCGCGCCAAUCGGGCCGUCACUGCGGCUAUGGAUCUGGGCUUGCAUAAAUUAGGACCGACGGCGACGGAGGCCCAGCGUCGGGCGUGGUGGAGUGCCGUGAGUAUGUUUGUGCUUUAUUUGUCGUCUGUUGAUCAACAGGUAUCGCCUAUUAUCACUCUCGAUGAUCAGAGGAUAACGACCCCGUAUCCGUCGUUUCGUGUCUCUUCAGAGGUAUGUGAAGGUAUGCAAAAACCGAUUGAGGUAUUAACCUCUCAGCCAUGGCCGUUACUGCUACAGGCCGAACAGGCAAUUAUAUCUGUCUCGGAAGUCAUGAACGAUUGCGGGACUGAAUCAACGAUGGCUGCGGCAUCCGUGUCGGAGAGGAUAUUGAAACUGGACUCACAGAUCUCAACCUUGCUGAAGGACUUGAAUUGUUCGCCACAGCUUGAACUGCGGACUGGGGCCGAUGCACGUGCGAUGCAAGAUAUGCGGACGAUCGCACGAGUAUUAACCUAUUCGGCACGACUGAGACUGCAUCGAUUCCGUGCAUUCGUGGACAUCCCUCUGUUUAUGAACAAGUAUUGUGAUAUUGCCGCUAUCCAGAGACGAGAUUCGGCCCACCCACUCUCUGGACCGAGAUUCGAAUCUGUCUUUCCCUUCACCGAGCAGCAAUCGUCUCUGAUAUGUCUCAAAUCAUCACUUGCUAUCGCGCGCGCCUAUGAGGAUCUGGCGUCUCCAGGCCGGUCGCCAUAUACCAGCGGAACGCCUGCGCUAGAUACAACCCCAGAAACCGCCUAUAUCUUACCAUUCUUCAUGUGCGGCGCGAUGCAGGGCUCGUAUGUUUUGCUCAUGACAUACUAUCGACGACGAUGUUUGAGGGCGUGGGGGGAAUGA